CUAGCGGCCUAAAUCUGAAUCUUGUAUCCGGAUUCCGGGGAUCAGCUGUUUACUCCGCCAUUGCAACUGAGCAGUCCGAGCUUACAGCAACACAUUAAAUCAGUUCAGAAUGUCUGCCCUAGCUCGCCUCACCAUCUGCCCCAGACUGGCCCUCACCGCUGCCAGGAAUGUCCGCCCUGCUGCCUGGUCCCAGGCUCUGCUCUCUACCUCUGCCUCUAGGACUGAUAUCGACUCCGCUGCCAAGUUCAUCGGAGCCGGAGCCGCCACCGUCGGAGUAGCUGGAUCCGGAGCUGGUAUUGGAUCCGUCUUCGGAUCCUUGAUCAUUGGAUACGCUAGGAACCCCAGUCUCAAGCAACAGCUCUUCUCAUACGCUAUCCUGGGAUUUGCCCUGUCCGAGGCUAUGGGUCUUUUCUGUCUUAUGAUGGCUUUCCUCCUCCUCUUCGCAUUCUAAACAUCUCCUUCAUGUACACAAGCUUGAGUCCGUACCUUGUAGUUAGUGUAGUGUCAUCUAAUAAACAUUUAUAUUAAGUA